AUGGGAAGCGAAAGACGGUUCCGAUCUAAUAACCAUCGGUUUGCUUUUCAUUUUUUCUUAAUACUGUUUUUCGGAAAGCAGACUGUGGCAGAAUUGAGAUACUCUAUUCCAGAGGAGAUGAAAGAAGGAACCGUGGUGGGAAAUGUUGCCAAAGAUCUUGGUCUAGACAAAACCUAUUUGGUUGAUCGCCGAUUCCGUGUUGUGUCUGGAUCUAAGGACGCCUUUUUCGAGGUAAAUCCGGACAACGGUGCUUUACAGGUCAAUAAGAAAAUCGACAGAGAGGGGCUUUGCCUGGGAAGUGGUGCGUGUUUAAUGGAGCUGAAAAUCCUUGUUGAAAAUCCAUUGGAAAUACACUAUGUAGUUGUGGAAAUUACUGAUGUAAAUGAUCACUCCCCUAGUUUUUCCGAAAAGGUUCAGACAUUUGAAAUAGGAGAGCAGUCAUCUCCGGGAACAAGAUUCGAGCUGCAUGCGGCCCGUGAUCCGGAUGCUGGAAUGAACUCUAUCCGCACAUAUAUGUUAACAUCAAAUGAUCACUUUGAAAUAGAAAUUAUUCAAAGCGAUGAAGAUAAAAUACCAUUUUUAGUGUUGAAGAAGUCGUUGGACAGAGAACAAAAGGAUAAACACUUGUUAUUUGUUACAGCAGUUGAUGGAGGUAAACCUCCAAGAUCAGGCACACUAAAUGUUUCUAUUACUGUUCUUGAUAUAAAUGAUAACCGUCCAAUGUUUAGUCAGAACAAUUACCAAACAGAAAUAUAUGAAAACGUCUCAGUUGGAACUACUGUUACAAAAGUGGAUGCAACAGAUCCAGACGAAGGGCCGAACGGGGAAAUAGAGUACAGCCUCAGCAAAACAUUAGCACGUAAAGUCUACGAGAUAUUCGAAUUAGAUAGUUUAAGCGGACAAAUUACAUUGAAAGGAUCACUGGAUUUUGAGGAAGCGGACAUUUAUAAACUAGAUGUUCAGGCAUCAGACAAAGGAACGCCACCAUUAACAAGCAGAUGUAGAGUUAUAGUAAAGAUAAAAGACGUCAAUGAUAAUCCGCCUGAAAUAGAAGUAACAUCACUGUCAAAUACAGUGUCUGAAGACUCGAAGCCUGGCACAGUUAUUUCACUUAUUAGUGUGACGGAUAACGACUCUGGAAUAAAUGGAAAAAUUAUUUCCAGCAUAACCGAAAAAGUUCCGUUUGAAUUAAAACCUUCUUAUAAGGAAAACACAUAUUCACUUGUGACUAGGGAGGUUUUAGAUCGAGAGCAGGUGCCACAGUAUGACAUCACAAUAAAAGCCACGGACUGCGGUGAGCCGCCAAUAUCAACUUUCAAAACUCUAAACAUUCAGAUAUCAGAUGUAAACGACAACAGUCCACAUUUCGACCAAAGUCCAAUACAGUUUUACCUGGUAGAAAAUAACGUUGCUGGAAAGUCCAUAUUCUCUAUAAGCGCAACAGACAAUGAUAUUAACGAAAAUGCAGCUGUUACAUAUCACAUUCUUAGAGGAGGGAGUGAUAAUGAUUUAACGCCAUCUUUCCUAAACAUCAAUUCAGAUAAUGGACAGAUUUCAGCACUAAAGAGUUUUGACUUUGAAACAGUGAAAACUUUCCAGUUCAGAGUUGUUGCGUCAGAUUCUGGAACUCCAUCACUGAGCAGCAAUGUCACAGUGAACGUGUUCAUUCUGGAUCAGAACGACAACGCUCCAGUCAUCCUGUAUCCAGUCAGCUCUAACGGUUCUGUUGAAGGUGUGGAGGAGAUUCCCCGCAACGUGAACGCAGGACACUUGGUGACUAAAGUCAGAGCCUAUGACGCUGAUAUAGGAUAUAACGGCUGGUUACUGUUUUCACUGCAGGAAGUUACUGACCACAGUCUCUUUGGUUUGGACCGCUAUACAGGACAGAUCAGAACACUUCGCUCAUUCACAGAGACAGACGAGGCUGAGCAUAAACUGGUCAUACUGGUCAAAGACAAUGGCAACGUUUCACUCUCAGCAACAGCUACUGUGAUUGUCAAACUUGUGGAGCCCAAAGAGGCUUUUGCAGCUUCUGAUGUGAAAAGUUCAGCAAAAGCAGAUGAGGAUAAUAAUGUGACAUUUUACCUGAUGAUAACUUUGGGCUCAGUUUCAGCACUUUUUCUCAUCAGUAUCAUCGUGCUGAUUGCAAUGCAGUGCUCAAAAUCCACAGACUAUACUUCUAAAUAUCUACAAGAGACUAACUAUGAUGGGACGCUGUGUCACAGCAUCCAGUACAGAUCUGGAGACAAACGGUACAUGUUAGUUGGACCCAGAAUGAGUAUAGGAUCUACUAUAGUCCCGGGAAGCCAUGCGAAUACACUAGUGCUCCCUGACAGGAGGAGAACAUCUGAAGAGGUAAGCUGGUUUAUUUUAACGGCUUAA